CUCUCUCUCUCUCUCUCUGUGAGUGUGUGUAUGUGUGUGUCUUAUCUCUCUGUCACACCAACGUGGAGCUGCGAGUCCUUCCCCUAACCGGCACCUACUUCAUCUCGGCAUAGGUCUGGGCUGUGACCCCCUGAUACAGUCAUGGCACCCAAAAAGAGCAAGGCCGCUAAGAAGAAUAAAGCAGACAUCAAUGAGAUGACAAUCAUGGUGGAAGACAGCCCCAUCAAUAAAAUCAAUGGGUUAAACACUCUUCUGGAAGGUGGCAAUGGCUUUAGCUGCAUCUCAACCGAAGUCAACGAUACUGCCUAUGCCCCCAACCUGCUGGAGGGCCUUAGCAACAUGAGACAAGACAGUUUCCUGUGUGAUCUGACAAUAGCAACCAAGUCCAAGUCCUUCGAUGUGCACAAAGUUGUGAUGGCAUCUUGUAGUGAGCACAUCCAUAAAAUUCUCAAGAAAGAUCCAACCCUUAAAAAAGUUGACCUCAAUGAGCUGUCCCCGGUUGGUUUGGCCACGGCCAUCACCUAUGCCUACUCUGGAAAACUGACCCUGUCACUCUACACCAUUGGCAGCACGAUUUCAGCAGCCAUGCUGUUACAGAUUCAUACUCUGGUUAAAAUGUGCAGUGACUUCCUAAUGCAGGAGAUCAGUGUUGAAAACUGUAUGUAUGUGGUCAACAUUGCAGAUACAUACAACCUGAAAGAAACAAAGGAGGCAGCGCAGAAGUUCAUGCGUGAGAAUUUCAUCGAAUUUUCCGAGAUGGAACAAUUCUUGAAGCUCACCUAUGAGCAGAUCAGCGACUUCUUAACAGAUGACUCCUUGCAGCUGCCGUCUGAGCUCACAGCCUUUCAGAUUGCAAUCAAGUGGUUGGACUUCGACGAGAAGAGACUGAAGUAUGCCUCAGACCUGUUGACGCACAUUCGCUUUGGCACCAUCACACCUCAAGAUCUGGUCACCCAUGUCCAGACAGUUCCAAGGAUGAUGCAAGAUUCAGAGUGUCACCGUCUUCUGGUGGACGCUAUGAAUUACCAUCUGCUUCCAUACCAGCAGAACAUCCUGCAGUCCAGAAGAACCAAGGUCCGUGGCGGCCAAAAAGUACUGCUUACCGUGGGUGGACGGCCUGCCUUGACUGAAAAGUCCCUCAGCAGGGACAUUCUUUACAGGGAUGAGGACAACAUCUGGAACAGGCUGACUGAAAUGCCUGCAAAGAGCUUUAAUCAGUGUGUGGCUGUCUUGGAUGGCUUCCUCUACGUGGCUGGUGGUGAAGACCAGAAUGAUGCCAGGAACCAAGCAAAGCAUGCUGUCAGCAACUUCUGCAGAUAUGACCCCCGAUUCAACACAUGGAUCCAUCUCACCAGCAUGAUACAAAAGCGUACACAUUUCAGUAUCAACACCUUUAAUGGUCUUCUGUUUGCUGUUGGUGGACGCAACUCCGAUGGCUGCCAGGCUUCCAUCGAGUGUUAUGUUCCGUCCUCUAACCAGUGGCAGUUGAAAGCCCCCAUGGAGGUACCAAGAUGCUGUCAUGCUAGCACAAUCAUCGAUGGUAAGAUCUUGGUAUCUGGAGGUUACAUCAACAAUGCUUACUCCAGGGCCGUGUGCUCGUAUGACCCAUCAACAGAUAGUUGGCAGGAUAAAAACAGCCUGAGCACUCCGAGAGGCUGGCAUUGUUCCAUCACUGUUGGAGAGCGGGCUUACGUUCUAGGUGGUAGCCAGCUCGGAGGGCGCGGGGAGAGGGUUGACGUCUUGCCAGUCGAAUGUUUCAAUCCUCAUUCAGGCCAGUGGAGCUAUGUUGCCCCCUUGCACACAGGUGUGAGCACGGCAGGUGUGGCAACGCUGAAUAAUAAGAUUUACCUCCUGGGCGGAUGGAACGAGGUGGAGAAGAAGUACAAGAAAUGCAUUCAGGUAUACAACCCCGACCUUAAUGAAUGGACUGAUGAUGAUGAGCUGCCCGAGGCUACAGUGGGCAUCUCAUGCUGUGUUCUUAACAUCCCCACCCGCAAAACACGAGAAUCCAGGGCCAGCUCAGUAUCAUCUGCUCCGGUCAGUAUAUAGGUGACAAGAUAAGAUAGGGGAACAUGGCUAGUUCAAUCAUGCAUAAUAUAUUUUUAAGCUUUUCCUCUCAACUGUGAAAUACUUUUCACACUCAGGACAACCAUACUCGUCAAAACCUAUCCUCAUGUCAUUUUAAUGCGCAAUCACAUCCUAAACAGUUCCAUUUAUUUCCGAAUCUUAAAUAACAAUAUGUUAUGUGAUUAUUAUUAUAAUUACAUUUUCAAUUUGGAUCAAAUCUGCAACUAUUCUUCAAAUUUUGGAUGAAUUUUCAAGCAUUAAAGUGGCUUGUAGGUUAUGAGAACAUUGAUAUCCAAUUAAGUUUUUCGUUCAAAGAUUGAACAAUUUUUAGAUUGAUAUUUUUUUUGUGUUUUAACAGCAGAAAGAAUUUUCUAAUUAAACAUAUUCAGCCAUAAUUCACAUAAUAGCUGUAUUUUAAAAUGGGGCCAAGGCUUAUAAUUAUACACUAAUGCAGUUGGUAGUACAUCAUGAAAUAUGCUUAACAUGAUCUGAAGUCACAAAAGUAUGUUUAUGUACUUGAGUUCUAAGGAAGCCAAUUAUAUACAAAAGCUUAUCUAGCUUAAUCUAACAUCUCAUCCAUUCUUAACUAUUGAUGGCUCACUAUUAAAUACUGCUCUUUGUGACACCAUAAGCUAGUAUGGAAUGUGUAUUGAGUAUGAGUAUGGAAUGGGAUAUAUGAAUGCUUAGCAUUUCACGUCAGGUAGUCCUUCCUACCUGCCAGGUGUCGGGGUAAUAGAAGCAGUUUACUUUUCCAUCUGACACUUUAAUAGACAACAUUAAAAUAUAAAAAAAAAUGCAAAAGAAACUAUAGAAGACAAGAUGGAGUUGAAUGGUUCGACAGGAAAGACUUGUUUUGUAAAACGAUUAAGUGGUUAAUGAAAAAAAAGAUACGUGCCUGAGCUGACUACUUUGGCAGUAAUGAUUUUGGAUUAUUCCUACCAGCUCAUGUUUUAAAACUUUUGUAGGUUCUUGAACAGAGGGACAACCGCACAACAACAGUAUUAAAAUGUUUUUAAAAUGUGACCGAGAAGUGUAAAAUGUGACUGAGAAGUGUAAGAUGUGACUUUGAGAAGAGUAAUAAUUGUAUUUAUGCUGAUUCAUUGUAUGAUGAAUUAUGCAUAUUCAUUGUACGUGUCCAACUUCUGCAUAUUUAUUAAAGGUUCCUAAAA